UUGUUUUGCUUUUUUUUCAGGAAGAAGCGCAGUGUGAGAAUGAAACCAACAUGUUGAAAAACGUGAAGAAGCAGCAGCAGCAUAUGUUGUAAAACGGUGAAUCAAGUGUCGUCCACGAUGGAACGAGACGUUUGUUCUGCAGUUUUCUAAAAGACUGGUGACGACAGAUCACAAGCAAGAAAGAUGAAAGUCGACAUCGAUGGCCUUGAAGUCCUCUUCCCGUUCGACUACAUCUACCCCGAGCAGUAUUCGUACAUGGUGGAACUCAAGAAAGCCCUGGAUGGCAAGGGGCAUUGCAUGCUGGAAAUGCCUUCGGGAACAGGAAAGACCAUUUCUUUGCUGGCCCUCAUUGUGGCCUACAUCAAAGCCCGACCCGGAGACCUUUCCAAAUUGAUCUACUGCUCCCGAACUGUUCCGGAAAUCGAGAAGGCCCUGGAAGAACUCCGGAAACUCAUCGCAUUCCACGAGAAACAUCCUGACGGCAAAGUGCAUCCUCCGUUCCUGGGCCUAGCUUUAAGUUCUCGGAAAAACCUGUGCAUUCACCCGGAUGUGAGCAAAGAGCGAGACGGGAAAGUGGUGGACAGUCGUUGUCACGAGCUGACUGCGUCUUUCGUGAGGGCCAAACGCGCGGAAAAUCCGGGCAUUCCUUGUUGCGAUUUCUUCGAAGGCUUCGAGGCCGAAGGCAAAUCAGUCGGGCUUCCGAGUGGCGUUUACAACCUGGAGGAUUUGAAGGAAUACGGAGCCCAGAAGGGCUGGUGUCCUUAUUUUGUUGCUCGUCGUGCCAUUUUGCAGGCCCACGUCGUCGUUUACAGCUACCAUUACCUCCUCGAUCCCAAAAUCGCGGAAUUGGUAUCCAAGGAAAUGGGUCGACAGUCUGUGGUUGUUUUCGACGAAGCCCACAACAUUGACAACGUGUGCAUCGAUUCGAUGAGUGUGAAGAUUAAUAAUCGGAUUUUGGACAGAGGAUUGAUGAAUGUAGCGUCGUUGAGCGAGACGCUGGAAGCCAUCAAGGAGACGGACGAGGCGAAACUGCAAGAGGAAUACCUUCGCCUCGUGGAAGGUCUUCGGGAAGAACGAGAAGCCCGGGAGAACGAUCAAUCCCUCGCCAAUCCCGUCCUACCCCAGGACAUCUUGGACGAAGCUGUGCCUGGCAACAUUCGGCAGGCGCUGCAUUUUGCCGCCUUCAUGCGGCGUUUCAUCGACUACCUCACCAGUCGUCUGAGUGUUCAACACGUGGUGCAAGAAACGCCGGCGGGGUUUUUGCGCGACGUGAAGCAGAAGGUGGCCAUUGAUCGACAGCCGCUCCGGUUUUGCGCCGAGCGAUUGGCGUCCCUCAUGCGGACGCUGGAUAUCCCUGAUCUCGGAGACUUUGCCUCGCUCACUCGAAUCUCCCACUUUGCGACACUCGUGUCCACUUACACUAAGGCCGCGAUCCAGCAUGCGAUUUCGGUGGAAGAUCGAGAGCAAGACAUUCAGGCAUCGCGACAGGGCUCUUCCCUUCACCAAAUUUCUUACCAACGACCCAAGACCCCUCCAGUGUAUGGUGGACAAGGUAACUCUGACAUUGGUGCUGCUACUUCGCCACUUUCGUAUGAGUGCCGCGCGUUGUCUAAGGAAACCGCCAAACAAGCGCCUAGAAAGUUUGUCUAUAUCGCGCCCGAAAAGGAUGGUCGCGCUCCGCGAUUAUCCCAAGGGAAUGUGAGAGGUCGCUCCUCUAUGCGCGGAAAUACGCGUGGUCGUGGUCGCGGUCGCGGCAGGAAAGUUGUGAAUUUUGUGGAAGAAGUAACCGCGGAAGAAGAAUACGAAGGAGACGAGAAUUACGACGAGCUCGAGGAUGAACUCCUGCCCGAAGGAUAUCUCGACGAAACGUACUCGGGAAACGAGUACUAA